AUGAACGAAUCCGUCAAAGAACUCCAUAAUGAUCUUGCCAGGAAAUAUCGCCAGCAUGGCAAGCGAGUCGAAGGAAUGUGGCGUUCGCUCAGUCAGGAACAACGCAAAAAGAUCAUGGAGGCUGGCUCUCAUGAUGGUGCUGUCCUGAAGCAUGCCGAAGACACAAGCCUGGAGAAUGUCUAUAAGUUCAUCCCCGAAUGGAACUUACGUGACGUCACUUCGCCGUCGUCAAACUUCUUUCUCGACAUGCUUAAGCACCGAGCAACCUCCCCGCUGCAAGCACAAUACACGACUGGCUUCAAUGGGCGACCAGGAGACCAUGCACAUAUACUUGAUAUGAUGCAGAGAAAGAACUUGAGACUCAACGACGUAUCCCAAUAUAAGGAUUGUUAUACACUUUUCUUGACCGAAGACGGGUACGGCGAAUCAGUCAAGAUCCUUGCCGAGAAGCAAGAAGUUCUUGCGAACAUGAAACCAGCCAUGCAAGCCGGGUUUAUUGUACCUCAAGCUACCGGAGAGCUCAUUCUCAUGCGACAAAUAAACCUGCUCCAACUUCUCAACAUUGCAAUCGAAGACAUCCUUGAUACUGCAUCAACCACGCGAGCCCAGACGAAGCAGCCAAAUAAGUCGAAUGAGGAUACAGCUGAAGCUUUAGCAAAGUUGUCAAUACAAUCACCUCCAAAAAAGGUAGAGCUCGUGGAUCUUGUUGAUGUGGCAAAAGACCGGUUGUCGUCUAGCGAGGAUCUGAUUGCUCUGAUCUCAACUGAGCCAACAGUUCUAACUCAUGAAGUCAACUUUUCUUUCUUUAGCCGACCGGAGCUGGUCGCCGAUGAGAAAGGACGCAUGCUGCCUGUACAUACGGAUAAGUACAUCAGCGGUGCUGUGCUCGAUGCGGUCCAUGGCGCAGUGAAGAUUGCUGCUACAUGGUGUUACAUUGGCCGCCUCUUGGAUCUACUGAAAGAGUCAACAGACAAGCAGUUCAAAGCUGUAGUUCUUAAAGAGCUCUCAAACACCUGUCACCUAGAGUAUUUGCGCACCCAGACUAGUUUCAAACGCAGUGUAGCUGUCGGCAUGGGUGGCAGCAAAUGGUUCAAGCGUACGUCGACAAAUGACAUCGCGCGCCUGUCAUUGAAACGAAAUCCCGAAUCUUUGACGGUGGAGAACCCCCAACUACAUUACAUGCUUCGGCUUUGUCAGGAUGAGACAAACUGGUCGAACGCUGCACAAUGGCUUCAAAAGUUGGCCGACCUCCACCGAGCCCAUCCGCUCGAGCAAGACAGCCUUUCAGAGCGAGAGUACGACUCGCUAGGCGAUCUCGCAAUCAUAGUCACCUUCAUCCAGUCUCUUUCCUCAAUCAUGCAAUUGCCUACGCCCAAUCACAAGAAGAAACAGCCAUUCGUAUCUGGCUGCACGGCUUUGGAUAAAGAGUUGAGAGAGAUGAAGGAUGGUCUGGACCUCGGUGACUUCGCCAUCCCUAUUGAUAACUUGCUCGAACAAGGCAUGGCCGAAGGUGCUCUUGCAAAACUCGACGAGUACAUUGUAGAGAAGACCGGAACGAAGCUUGGUUUUCUUUACGAAGAUCUAGUCGAAAGCUGUGUGUCCAACAUCCAUAAGCAGCACGAAGCACAGAAGGCUAAAUCUAAAGUUCCGACUCAAGACACGACGCUAGCAGCUCCCGAGAGCUCAGAGCCACCUAUUCAGCAGCGCAGGCAGAAGGAAAAGACACGACCGAGUCAAGGUUCAAUAUACGAGAUCACACCGCAGAGCGCCAAAGACGACCCGCCCGUUGAAUCGAUAGAAACUCACAAAGUCAAACCUUCCACUGCUAAUGUCUUUUCAUCGUUGUUUUCGAGAUCUUCUGCAGCUCGUAGCCCAGUCCGAUGGGAAGCAUUUGUAGCUGCUAUGGAUGACUUGAGCUUCUCAUGUGAACCCAAGCUCGGCUCUAUAUAUACAUUCGUUCCUUCGGAUAAGGCGGUAGUGCGCAGAGGUAUAACAUUGCAUCGGCCGCACCAGGGAAUCAUUGAGGGACGGCUUCUUUUGGUCUUCUCGCAACGACUGAAAAGAGUGUACGGCUGGAGUAACUCAACUUUUGAGGCGGCGUAG